GCCAAUAUUUUUUAUUUUUCCAUGCCUGGUAAUUACAGAAGUUUAUAUUUUAUAAAGUCAUAUGCAGACAGAGGUUUUUUAUCUUUUUUCAAGAUAAAUAAAUGCUUGUUCAAGUAUUCUGUGAAAUAACAGAUAUUUGCUGCGAUUGAGGUGUUAUAGAUUGUGUUAUAGUUUAGUUAGGUGCACCGUUUAGUUACAAGUUGAUAAAUAUUACACUUAUUACAAAACCUUUUCUAUAAUGGGAGUUCCAAAGUUUUUUAGAUAUAUAAGCGAAAGAUACCCCUGUUUAAGUGAAGUAGUUAAGGAUUAUCAGAUCCCAGAAUUUGAUAACAUGUAUUUGGAUAUGAACGGUAUAAUACAUAUGUGUUCUCAUCCUGAUGAUAACAAUCCACAUUUUCGUAUCACAGAGGAGAAAAUAUUUAAAGAUAUAUUUCAUUAUUUGGAAGUUUUAUUUCGCAUGAUUAGGCCCCAAAAACUGUUUUUUAUGGCUAUUGAUGGUGUAGCACCAAGGGCUAAAAUGAACCAGCAGAGGGGGCGUAGGUUCAGGUCAGCCAAAGAUGCAGAAAAACAAGAGGCAGACGCUCUAAAAAAGGGUGAAGUUUUACCAAGCGAAUCAAGGUUUGACUCGAAUUGUAUCACUCCGGGAACUGUGUUUAUGGCUCGAUUACACGAACAGUUAAAGUAUUUUGUAGUAGAUAAAUUAUCAAAUGAUUCGUUAUGGAGAGGAGUGACUGUUAUUUUAUCAGGACAUGAGACACCUGGUGAAGGUGAACACAAAAUUAUGGAUUAUAUAAGGUAUAUGAGGUCCCAGCCAGGUUACGACCCUAACACAAGGCAUUGUUUAUAUGGAUUAGAUGCCGAUUUAAUUAUGUUAGGUUUGUGUACACAUGAGCCUCAUUUUAGUUUGUUGAGAGAGGAGGUGAAAUUUGGAAAAAAGUCUACAAAAAGACUGUCAGUUCCAGAAGAGAUUACUUUUUUUUUACUUCACUUAUCACUGAUGAGAGAAUAUUUGGAACUUGAAUUUGCACCAGUUAAAGAAAAAUUGACUAACUUUGAAUAUGAUUUUGAAAAAAUCAUCGAUGAUUGGGUUCUUAUGGGAUUUUUAGUGGGCAAUGACUUUAUACCCAAUUUGCCACAUUUGCACAUAGCUGAUGGAGCAUUGCCCAUUUUGUAUAAAGCAUACAUGGACGUUUUACCUACAUUAGAUGGGUACAUUAAUGAAGCUGGCACUUUAAAUUUAUCACGUUUCGAAAAGUUUAUGCAGAAACUAUCAGACUUUGACAUAGAAAAUUUUGAAGAUAUUCGUGAUGACAAAAUGUUUCUGGAAUCAAAAAAAUUGAUGAAUGCUGAAGAUUUUCUUCAACCACUCAUUGUUGAUCCAAAAGUUUUCAAGGAAUUAUCAAACAUGUUUGCUUACAAACCUAAAGGGAAAUCUUCUUCACAGAAAGAUACUCAGCAGAAUAAUGGAGAUAGAGAUAUUCCAGGAGAGUUGCUUAAGUCUGAAAAAUCCAAAUCUAAUACCGAUUCGCAAUUAGCAGCUCUUAUUAAGGACACUGAUGAUAUGUUUUCAGAAGAAUCGGAAAACGAUAGUGAUAAAGAUGAGGACGAACUGGCAUUUGAAAAUUUUAAAAAGGACUACUAUAGAAAUAAGCUAGACUAUGAGAAUGUCACACCUGAGGUACUGCGGGAUCAGGCUGAAGGAUAUGUCAGAGCAAUACAGUGGAACUUGAAUUAUUACUACAAUGGCGUGUGCUCUUGGUCGUGGUAUUAUCCCCACCAUUAUGCCCCUUACAUUUCCGAUAUUAAAGACUUUUCCAAUUUAAAAAUCGACUUUGAAUUGGGACAACCUUUUAAACCAUAUGAACAACUGUUGGCAGUUUUGCCGCCGGCCAGUAAAGACCUUUUGCCAUCUGCUUAUCAUGCUUUGAUGACCAGUGAAGAAUCAGUAAUGAAAGAAUAUUAUCCUGACAACUUUGAAACUGAUUUAAAUGGUAAAAAGCAGGAAUGGGAAGCUGUUGUAUUGAUACCUUUUAUGGACGAGAAAUUGCUUUUGGAAAGUAUGCAAUCAUGUAACGACAAACUAACUCCCGAAGAGUUACGGAGGAACCAGCCCGGUCCCAUGCUGGUUUACUUUACCAGUCAGGAUAUGGGCCAGUACGACGCUCCCGGCUAUUUCCCUCCAGUGACGUAUCGCGCCAAACUGAUGCCUCUUACUAUAGAGAGCAUCAGGGUACCCCGCGACAAGUUGGUCAAAGGGGCUUAUCCGGGAGCCAGUUUUGACGUAUACUAUCCUGGGUUUCCUACCAUGAAGCACCUGAAAUAUACCGCCCAGCUAGAGAAGGCGAAAGUACGUGUGUUUGAGCAACCCAGUCGUUACGAGAAUAUGAUACUAAAAAUUAUACAGGAGGAAGAAAUAGACGGGGAAAAUGACGUUCCAGUUCAUAUGUUAAACACGAAUGUUUUUGUUGGUUGGCCCCAUUUAAUUGAAGCAAGGGUUGUUGCCAUAUCAAACGCCAAACGAAAAUAUAUUAGUAUGGGAGGCCAGAAUCAGUACAAUACCGAAGAGUACGACAAAAAGAAUUACUUCGAGACACUAUAUGGUGGUAUAGUUGACAGGUACAAGAACAAUUUGGGUGUUGAAGUAGGAGAUGUACAAAUUGUGUGCCACGUACAAGUAAUGAUCGGUCGCAAAUACGUGUUUUCCCCUAGCGGCCGUUUGACUUUGGAGAAACAAUUUUCUGAAAACACUGCGGUAUAUCCGUUGCAAACGGUGGUAUCGGAAAUAAGUGUUUUUGAUCAACACCAUUCGACGUUUAGAGAUGUCCUGGACGUUUUUUCGGAAGGGUCCAUUUGUUUCACGUUGUGUAAUCCAUAUUAUGGGUCUCAAGGAAUCGUACUGGACAGUCGUGAAAUCAUCGCCAGAGGAAGGAUAAAAGUCUGCAUAUCUGUUACAGAAGAGCCAGACUUUGAACAUAUAAGACGCAAAUACGCUGAAAGUGCCAGAGCCUACAAGCCAUUGCAUGUGGUUUCUAGCCAACUAGGAAUGAGUCACAUUUUGUUUUCAAGAACCACAGGAUCAAUAUUCGUGUCUGUAAAAGGAUCGUCGAAAGAUGUUAAUAUUGGGCUAGAUCUUAAACUUAACAAGAGAAACAAGGAAACUCCAGGUUACACGAAAAGAGUGGGUACUACGUGGUACUACUCGGACAAAUGUCUCGAUUUAGUAAGACAAUAUACCGAAAAGUUUCCAGAGGUUUUUUGCUUUUUUUGUCAAAACGUAAAUAAACAUGAAAUCGCCGCAAAGGAUAUAUUUUCCGAAGAUAUCUGCGAGAAAAAAAUGAGCGAGUUGCAGACCUGGCUAAAAAGUUUGCCCACAUUUAAUUCGGAAAAGCAAACGUGUGGUAGCAACUAUAUAGAGCAGGAUAUUGUGCAAAAAAUAGAAUCUACUGUAGAUGAAUUUUUAAAGAUUGCUCAGUCUAAGAAAAUUACAAUGCAGGUCAAACCUUCGCUUCUUUAUAAGCCCGAGAUACAAAGUAAAACUUUGGCACCUGACGAUAAAAUGACAGUAGAAAUACUUGACAGAAUAAUAAAUACCAGGAAAGGUUUUAGUGUACCGUUUGGCCUUAAAGGCACGGUCAUAGCUAAAACCGAGUCAUUAACCAACAACGAUAUGGACGUUUUGUACGACGUGGUAUUUGACAAAACGUUUAAAGAUGGUAUGACUCUAAACUGUUCAGCGGAGAGAGGGUAUAGAUUACCCAAAACUGCGUUUAUAAACAUUUCUUAUGGUAGAAGAUUACUGGAGGAGAAAACAGGAAAACAAGCAUUAGCAGAAUCUGGGCAAAAGCAAUCUAUUGUUCUGCUCAACAAUAAUAGUCAGAGAUUCUUCAAUCAGUUCAGUCAAAAUAAUCAACUGGGUCUAAAUCAAAACAAAUCAUAUUUACCUAAUUACAGCCAAGCUGAGCAUAAUCUACAAGGUUCGGCGUUUGCUAGUUUUAAUAAUCAAGCCAACGAACCGCCAUACCAAAAAAAACCAACAGCAGCAAAUUUUGCCUUACAACUCAUCUACGCAGGCAUGUCAGAAAACAAGGAACUGAAUGCGCCUAAAAAUAAAAUUAAACAAGUUGAACCAGUUCAAGAUUCAACCCCUAAAAGUACAUCAUCUAAUAAUAAUAAAAGUUGCGAAGCUCCCUCUAGUGUCAGGUUAUUAACUUAUUAUCAGUCAAAUAACCUAGGAAUUCCAAGGUAUCAGUAUUUCCAGUCGGAUGGUCAGUAUAGAGCUCAAAUCACUUUGUCUAAUGGAGAGAUUGUGAUGGGAAAGCCCGGUCAGAAUAAAGAAUUAGCCACUGAAAAUGUUGCUUCUGAUGUGUUACAUAUACUGAUUCAGAGGGCUAAGGGAACUGAUGCAUCACAUGGACCAGAUAAAAAUCUUCCUGUGCCGCCCAAAACCUGGGUUAAGCCACAACAAGAGAGUACCGCUAGUGAAACAAAAUCAUCACGGCGUCGUAACGAUCAGGCUCUUAAAACAGCCCUUCACAAUCCUUUCGUUCCUACGCAAGUUAUUAAAAGGCAGAGUAGCAAAAGUAUUAGCGAAACUACUCAAGGUGAUAAUAGUGUAUGCGUGUCUGCAUCUUCCAAAACUCAAAAACAUCUUAAAAACACGGAUAAACCUGCCAAGAAUAACGAAAAAGAGAAUGGGAAUCAUCAAAAUAACCAUCAUAAGGCAAAGAAGAAUAGACUACCUAGAAUUGCUGCAAAUUUUUCUCAAUGUAAAUGAAUCUAUUUAAGAGCAAAAAAACCUUUUUAUUUUUAGUUAUUAGAUUGUUUAACGAGAAAUAAAAACUAUUUUUUUAAUAUCUUCUUUAUUAAACAUUAUAUUAAAUUUAUAUUAUUUUGAGAAAACUAAAGGAAUCAUUAUAGA